AUGCAGAAACUGCAAAAUCAGAAAUGUCACUUCUCCAUUGUUGCUGCCGUCCUUGCUUUGGCUAUGGGUGCUAACGCCUCAGUAUAUCCUUGGGGACCCGUCGUUGUGGGUGGUCCAGUACCAGGUGCCGUUGUUGUCGGUCAUCCCGGUCCCCUUGUAGUUGGACCUAGUCCAGUCCAAGUUGUUACCAGCCCAGUUCAUGUUCCAGCUGUUGUUGCUGUAGCUGCUCCAGGUGCCGUCUCAGUUUCCAAGACUCGUGGUGCUGUACAUGUUGCUCCCUUGCCCGGUCAUGCUCAAUCUGUUGUCCAGGCUAACUUGCAACCUGCUCCCGGAACUUUGUAA